AUGACGCCGCUGCGCCGAAACCAACCACGCGCGGCCCCCGCCCGUCUCGCGUCGUCGUGCCACAAAGGCUGGCUCUCGCUGCGCCGGCGGCGAUGCCGGAGCACCACGAACAGACGCAUGAAGAAAGAUAGAAACGGCGCCAUGAUGAUGGGCCUCGACGACGAUGUGCUCAGCAGCGUCUUCACCCACAUCUCGGAAGCUGGAGAAGUAGUCCGCUGCGCCGCCACGUGCCGGCAGUGGAACCGUGCCAUCGCCGACUCGGCCGUCGUCAUCGGCCGUUCCCUGCGGCUGCCGGUUUUACCACGCCUGGCCCUCGGCUUCUUCCACCAGGAGGCGACAAGCAAGCGGAAGCGCUCUACGGAGGAUCAGCUUUGCCGCUUUGUCCCCACGGCUGCCGGCGUUCGGCUCCUCGGCCCAUCCUUCCGCCCGUUUGAGGACGGCGAGCUCUUAGAGAUGUCCCGCCCGGUCACGUCCCGCAACGGCCGCGUUGUCCUCGAGCUCCAACGCGAGGGGCACGCCGACGCACUCAAGCUCUGUGUCUGGAAUCCCAUGACAGGGGACGUCGCAAUGCUCCCUCCUCUCGGCGGUGACGACAAGCCAGGAGCCUUUGCAUGCGCCUUGCUCACCGCCGACGACCUCGACCCGCUGCGUUGCCCCUCGGCAACCUUUUUCCGCGUCCUCAUCGUCUACAACCAGCGAGCGUUCACCGUGCUCCGCUCCUACUCGUCGGACACCGGUUGCUGGAGCACUGAGUCCAGACGGUCAGGGCCGAAGAUGAGCAGCUACACGCUCCAGCAGCUCAGGCAGAGCGUCGUCCAUGACGGCGUGGCCUACUGGCCCAUGGCGCAUACGGCAUUAGCGGUGCGCAUCGACACACCGGAGCCUAAAGAGGUGGACAUGCCGCCAGCAAUUCGGAACGCGCCACGGCACAACCAUUUGCUCGGCGUCACAGCGGAUGGUAACCUGAGUUUCAUCGUCACCUCGUUGUAUCACGACGGCUCUGCCGGAGUGUCAAGCUCCGACUGCCUUGCGGUCGGCAGCAAUGGCAGUUUGACCAAUGAACCGGUGGACGAGUGUACAUGGCGCGUCAGGUCGCAAGAGCUGAGAGUGCAUCAUGUGGACAGCAUCAACUUAAGAUGGUUUUGCGAGAGGAGUGGGAUGCUCUUCUUCACGGUCAGCGCCAAAGGCAGCUCAACUCCUGGUUGCUAUGUGCUCAACAUUGCGGCCAAGGAGCUUGAGAAGGUGGCUGAUGAUGUUGACUGCAGUUCGUGGAGGAACUUUGUUGGAUAUGAGAUGGAUACGGCAUCUUACCUAGCUUCCUUAGCAUGCCAUUGA